GCCAAUGGGCGGCGGGGAUCCGCCGGCGCGGCUCGGGGGCCCCUGGAGGAGGAGGAGAGGAAAAACCACGGGAUUGAGCUCUGUCAGUGGCGCUCGCGGCUUCCAAGGGGGAAGUGCCGGGGAAUAAUUAAUGUUUUUAUUAAAUUUGGAGGGAAUUUUUUUGCAACUGAUCGCCGCGCGUGGCCUUCAGGCUGAUUGGAGUCCAGAUCCCGAGGAAAUCUCCAGAUCAAAUGCCCAGUAAAUAAAACACUGAGCUAAGACUCGUGGAAGAGCUGCAGAAUGGAUGGAUUUUAUGACCAGCAAGUGCCUUACAUGGUCACCAAUAAUCCGCGUGGGAGAAACUGUAAUGAGAGACCGACAAAUGUCAGGAAAAGAAAAUUCAUUAACAGAGACCUGGCUCAUGAUUCAGAAGAACUCUUUCAAGAUCUCAGCCAAUUACAGGAGACGUGGCUUGCUGAAGCUCAGGUACCUGACAAUGACGAGCAGUUUGUGCCAGACUAUCAGGCUGAAAGUUUGGCUUUUCAUGGUCUCCCUGUGAAAAUCAAGAAGGAACCCCAUAGCCCAUGUUCGGAACUUGGCUCCGCUUGCAGUCAAGAGCAGCCAUUCAAGUUCAGUUAUGGGGAAAAGUGCCUGUACAAUGUCAGUGCCUAUGAUCAGAAACCACAAGUGGGAAUGAGGCCCUCCAACCCACCGACGCCAUCCAGCACUCCUGUGUCGCCGCUGCACCAUGCCUCCCCAAACUCAACUCAGACUCCUAAACCUGACCGGGUUUUCCCUACCCAUCUCCCUCCAUCCCAGUCCAUUCAAGACAACAGCUUCCCUAUGGACCACAGAUUUCGCCGCCAGCUCUCUGAACCUUGCAAUUCUUUCCCACCUUUGCCUCCAAUGCCAAGGGAAGGACGUCCAAUAUAUCAGCGCCAGAUGUCUGAACCAAACAUCCCUUUCCCGCCUCAAGGUUUUAAGCAGGAGUACCACGAUCCAGUUUAUGAACACAACGCUAUGGUUGGCAGUGCAGCCAGUCAAAAUUUCCCCCCUCCUCUGAUGAUUAAACAGGAACCUAGGGAUUUUGCAUAUGAUUCAGAAGUGCCUAGCUGCCACUCCAUUUACAUGAGGCAAGAAGGCUUCCUGGCUCACCCAAACAGAACAGAAGGCUGUAUGUAUGAAAAGGGACCUAGGCAGUUUUAUGAUGACACUUGCGUUGUUCCAGAGAAGUUUGACGGUGAUGUCAAACAGGAGCCGGGCAUGUACCGUGAAGGACCCACGUACCAACGGCGAGGCUCGCUUCAGCUGUGGCAGUUCUUGGUAGCUCUUCUUGAUGACCCAUCAAACUCUCACUUCAUAGCAUGGACUGGUCGAGGCAUGGAAUUCAAGCUGAUUGAGCCAGAGGAGGUGGCACGUCGCUGGGGGAUUCAGAAAAAUAGGCCAGCUAUGAACUAUGAUAAACUCAGCCGAUCGCUUCGCUAUUAUUAUGAAAAGGGAAUCAUGCAAAAGGUGGCUGGAGAAAGAUACGUCUACAAGUUUGUUUGCGACCCUGAAGCGCUUUUCUCCAUGGCUUUUCCGGACAACCAGCGCCCCUUACUGAAGACUGACAUGGAGCGCCACAUCAAUGAGGAGGACACUGUGCCUCUGUCCCACUUUGAUGAGAGCAUGGUCUACAUGCAGGAUGGUGGCUGCUGCAACACCCACCCCUACAACGAAGGCUAUGUCUAUUAACAGCAGUGACAGUGAAGGGGAUGUUUUCCCCCUCCCUUAAGCUUCUCCUCUUUCACAAGACCCAGAGGAAAGCUGAAUCGACUUCAGUUUGUUUUUUAAAUAGUACACUAAAAGGGGCUUUUCCUGUUGCAUUACUCCUAUGGUCUGCCAUGGACAGCGCACUUUAUUUGAAAGGGGUGGGUUGGAACCUAAACGUUAUUCUGUGUAAAAGGAGGAAAAGGGUGGGUUUGCUUUUUACUUAAGUUUGGGAAGGGAACAUACAGGUUUUAAGUACAAAAAAAGCUAUAUCAUGUCUGUUUUGUUUCAUAUCAGCAUAAGAUAUUGUACAUUUUCUCUGGGUAUCCAUAGUACAGUUAAUUCUCAUUGUGCAAAAUAACCACUUUAUGAUGAUAUCAGCACAGCAUGCCUAGGGCAUUUGUUUCUUGCCAUUCUUAAUUGUCUUUCUGCAGUAAUAAAAAAGAAGCAAAGCAUAUACUACAGCAUUUAAUUUCAAAGCUUCCAGUGGCAGAUCUUGUACCUUGCCUCUGAGAAUAACCAGAUAUCUGAAAAGUUUUUCCUAUUUUUUUUUUCUUUUUUUUUGGGGGGGGGGGGUGAUAUGGCCUCAAAAUAAAAUCAUAGUUAGUGACAGAGGGGCCAUAAGUAUAGUCACCAAGCCGCAAAAUCCCUGACUUCAGACUGCAAGCUGCAUGCUGUAUCUGGUGCCACAUUGCUAUACAUAUAUGGCCCAUUCUAUGGCUCAGAUUUUUCAAGAUCCAUUUGAGGGUAGUAAUUACAUGUGGUAGGCUUUCUGAUGAUCAUGUCAGCAUUAAAUACAGGUUCAUGAUCAGGAGGGAGAAAACAUUUUGUAUCCUUCCAUUUCCUUUGGUACAUAAAUAAGUUAUUUAAUCAAUAGGAAUUAACUGUACUAAGUCACAUAUCUAAUUAUGCUGUUUAGACACAGCAGGCACUCCUUGAGAAAAAUAUCCAAUACACUAAAUAGGUACUUUAGUAAAUUUUUAGACACGGUACCCAUUAAUAUGCAUUUAAACCUUUUACUGCUGUGUUAUGUUGAUAACAUAUAUAAAUACUAGAUAAUGCUAAUGCUUCUGCUGCUGUCUUUUUCUGUAAUAUUCUCUUUGAUGCUGAAUUUACUAUGACCAUUUAUAAGCAAUGCUGUAACUACAGGUAGCAUUUCAGGACAAAAUAGAUGACUUGAACCAUUUAUUGCUUAGAAAAUAGCUUACACCAUAGCUGUGCUGUAAGCAGCUUUUAUGCGCAUCCACAAAUGACUAGUAAGCUUCAGCUUGCUAAGGAAAGCUCUGCAGAACCUUUUGUAAUUUUUGGUGGAACGGAGACGAACUGUCAAAGAAUACCAUGAAGUUGCUGUAUGACGUUGUAGUGCUGGCACUGGUGUUACCAAUCAGCUUGUUUGGACACUAAAUGUAAAUGUGAUCAGAUAUGCCCAGAAGACAAUUUAAAUUUUGAGGGUUUUUUUGUUGUUUUGUUAAUUUUUUUCAAAUUGAUUUAUUUUUUUGAGAGGGGUAAUCUUGAACACAAGCCACACCUGCUAUUCUGUAUGUAAAACAAACAAAAAAAAGGCCCUGACAGAAUCCCAAAAGUUUUAAAUAUUUAUGAGCACCUUUUUUGAAAUACAAUAAUUUGUAGUUUGAAGAGAGGGAGAGGGGGUAAGAUGUGGAUUUCUUUUUUUGCCCAGUGAAAUUUAAAUAGGUGUUACAUGAAGUACCUCAUUUUCCUAUAUUGUCAAGAGGUGAGAGAAAAAUGAAUACAUAACCAUAAAAAAACAAGAAUAAUUUUCAUCGUAAUGGAUGGAUUUCAAAGACAAUCCUAGGUGGUGGGUUAAUCUUCUAUCCUUUGUCAGUUUAGACACUACCUAAGUUAUGAAUAUUUUAAUAUGAAGUUAAUCAAAAGUAAAGAAGCAGUGGUCACUAGAAACCACAGGUGCAUAAAAAGCAUUUGGGCAGGUAUUUAAUUUACUCAGAUCCGUAAGACAACAUAUUUUAUGAGAGUGUAUAUAUGCCUUAGUAUGUCACCUAAUUCUGUCAUCCGUAAGUCUCAAUGGCACUUAAAUACUUGGUGAUCAACCCAGAAAAAGAAGUCUAAAGUUGCAGAACUAGCAAAAAGCAAGGGGAAAAGGUUGGAUAAUAUUGUUUAAAAAAAUUGUGGUUUCCACUGAAAUAAGGUUCAAAUGAAACAUGCUUUGAUGAAAAGUCCUUGGAUUGGUUUUGCUUCUUUAAUGUCAGCACGGAGCGCCUCUUGCCUGUGGCAGGAUGGGGGUAUUUGGGAAAGGGGUUGGACAAAAAAGGAAAAAAAAAGAUUUAAAAAUGCAUCAAAUGUGUAAUAUUUAAGAAGAAAUAUAUAUAUUUAUCUGUAUAUGGUAGUGACUCACUGAACAAAACAAGCAGUCAGACCAACAUUACAUAAUUUCUGAGCAGAAGAUAAGAAAGUCUUUCACUGAACUGAUUAACCCUUUUUAAAAUGUACCUAAGAGGUUUAUUUAAAGUCUAUUUUUAUUCCACUUUUUUGUUUGUUUGGGGUUGGGUUUGGGGUUUUUUUUGUUUGUUUUGUUUGUUUGGGGUUUUCAGGUAGAAUAAUAAAUCUGGCAGCUGAUUUCUGCAAGAUUGUUGUGUAUUGGAUUCCUAAACAUUUGGACUGGAGAGGCCCCUGCAGUAAGGUUAUUCUUUUGGAAGGGGAGAGGAAGGUCUUUUCCCAGUGCCUAGAAUAGCUUCCUGCAAAGUGUAACUCAAAAAAAAACAUACAAAAAAGCACUUUUUUUCAAGCUGUGCCACAAGUGGAAGGAAAAUGAAGGUUUUACCUCAUUAGUAGGAGCUGUGAGUAUCUGCUUGUGUAUCUUCUUGCUGGCCAGAGCAGCUGGGCAGCCCGGAGUAAUGGUACUGUGAAGCAAAGUCAGGAGGCAUCACUGCAAGACCCACGCGCUGUGAUACAGCCAAAGGGGCUCAGGUUUCAUCUGCCAUGACAGUUCACUUGCAUCCGUAGCUGAACAGAGAUGAAAUUAGAUAAGGGCUUGGCAGAUCCCCUCAGAAUCCAUUUGAGAGAGUUAAGAUUACAGAUUUAGGACAAUGUACAAAUUUUGCUUCAGGGAUAUGACUUCCAUGACAAAAAGCCUAAGCCUUUUCUCUCCAAGGUUACACCAGUCUAACUUUCUCACACACCAGCUACAGUAUAAACCUUAAUAUUACAUUCACUGUAAGUGCACAUUUCAUAUCUGUGUCAGACCAGAUCUGCUUACUUUACUUACAGUGGGCUGCUGUAAGGGAGAAACUAGGAGAAACUGGGAUACAAGAACAUAAACCAUUGUUUUCUCCAGAAAUUCCCUGUGAAGAGCUCUUUGCUCAGAAUCUUUUUGUCUUCAGAGUUCUCUGCUACCUGGGACUAUUCCCCAGGGAUCAGUGCCUAGAGUUUUAUUGCCCUUGACAGCUGACUGGUUUGGGCUUCAGAUCCAUCUUCACAGGACAGUAUCAUCUCUAGUAAAUAUUUUUGCCUUCUUUGUGGUUUUUUUGUUUGGUUGGUUUUUAAUAGCAGGAAAUAGAUCAAUGUGUACAAAAUGUAUUAUGAGGAAAUCUUUGAAUUGUUAAUGGCUGCACUUUCUCCUCUAAAGAGCAUUAGCUUCAGUUCAUGUACUGUAGGUAAUAGCACCCAUAAACAGCCCUAUUCAGUGCUCACAUUAAUAGUACUGAGGACUUUCCUAAGUAGUCUCCUUCAAAGAUGUUUUGGGAGUAUUAAUUAAUAUAGUAUCUUAUACUCUAAGAAUCAUCACUCUGAAAUACCUCACUUGGAUCUAGCAGUAAGAGUGUAGGAAAUUAAUUUCUCGGUCCUCUUUGGUUGUUAUUUUAGGGUUUUUCUGUUGUGUGGGUUUUUGGGGUUUUUUUGGUUGUUUUUACUUUUUGGGGGUUUUUUUGGUUGGUUGGAUUUGUUGUUUGUUGUUGCUGCUGUGGUUGUUUUGGUUUGGUUUUAAGUCAGAAGCUACUCUGCAUGGAAGGGAGGUAGCAGCUGGGAGCAGGCACCUGUGUCUCAGGAACUCUGGUUCCAAGUCCACUGCAUUUUGCUAAGAUACCAGGCUGAGAACUGGAGCAUCUACAGUACAGAACUGAGCCCUGCCCUCCUUGUACUCUUACAGAACAGGGAACUACAGUGCAUUGUCUUACGUUACUUCUGCUACAAGAACAGUAAUCUCUGGCAGAACAGCAGGAUGGAAAGCUAGGGGCAGUAGCAUUAAAAAACUACAAGAUUACCCAGAUCUGUCUGUCUGAUGCCUAAGAUUCAGAAAUACAUCAGCAAAGUGCUGUCCCUUACCACCCAGCUUUUAUGAUUGUAUAGGUAGGUAAAGUUAAUUUCAUCUUUUGCUUCAGGAGGUUGAAAUAUUGGUUUCCCCCUUGAACACCAAUUUAAUUUCUGUGGGAAAGAAAUAUCUGUGCCGUCUUCUUAUGUAAUAGUCUGAAAAUGUCUGUGAAGUGUAUUGUUGACAUUUUCCCCAAGAACUAUUUUUGUGUGGACAUGACACAAAAAACAUCAGGAAAAGAAAGGUAAAUAAACUUAAAGAAGUUAUCCAUACAUCAAGUUCUCCAAAACUAUAGCCUUAUUUACCCUAGAAAUAUGUCAUGUCUUUAAUACUUCUGUAUUAUCCUUAUUACAUAGUUUCAUUGGACUGACCUCAAAAAUACUCAAUAUACCCUGAAGUUUUGGGGUUUUUUAAAUGAGCUUCCUGCUGUUAAUAGAGGUUACAGGAAGGGACCUCUGAGGAAGAGUCACAAUCAAACGUUUGGAUCUGGUAAGCCAUAAUUCUGCCAUGGCUCUUGCAAAGCUCUAUGGGCACUUAUACCCAUGUCUGUGCUUUUUAGUUGUAUGGUAGAGAGGUAAUUGUUUGUUUGGGUUUUUUUGGUAGUUUCUGAGUAACUACAGUUUGCUUUGUUUCAGAAGGAAUGUCUAUGUGUAUUUCUUUCCACACUCCAGAUAACCAGGUAGAUAGUUGGUGUCCAAAAUAGCAUUUCUGCUGUGUAAUUCACAGUAGAGGCUGUAGUAGUUCCUUGCUGUUGCCCUAAAAAGGAAAGAGUUGAGGAGAUUUCACAGUUUUGUCCCCCCCCUUCAGUGAUGGGACCCAGCUGAUCUAUCUGAAGAUAGUUUAAGCCUAUUCUUUGCUCACCUAUGAUAUUUUAGUGAACAGUCUGAUUGUUAGUACAGUGGCACUUCACAGAAGGUCAGAUAUAGAGUGUUGAGUGUUUUAGAUGCACUGCAAAGGGCUCUCUAUGGUGGCUUUCAGUUAAAACCUUGCAUGGGCAGUGCCAUAUUGUUACACGACCUAAAUAAAGGCAGAAGGGGAUGUUUUUGCAGAGGCAUCAGCUCCUCAGAGCUUGAGAUGUUUGCUGAAUGCAGUUAAGGCUGCUGCCUGGCCAGCUAGGGUGAGUCUGCCUUGAAAGAUCUGUCGAUGAGCUGUACAUGUAGAAAGCCAGAGAGAGCAAGAUCCCGGCAUGGCUGAGUGAGGCAGCAUAGAGAUGGGAUAAAGUCUGUUAGGGGCAAUCUGGCUCUACCAACUAGCUAAUCCAGAGCUGAUUAGUACAGGAAGAAGGAGGUUAUAUGACUGAUACAGUAAAUCGCAGAGAUAAUUAUUUGAAAGACAUGCUGCAGGAGAAUCAUAAGAAAUGAUGGAAAGCAAUAAACUCUGUAAACAGCAGUGAUUUUUUAAGACCCCGGUGCUUGUGGGAGUGCUUCAGGAAAAGGAAGAGAAAGUAAAACACCGAAAAGGAUGAUAAUAUUAGAUGAGAACAACAGGACUAAAACCAUGAACUGCAUUAGGGGACUUGGAAGAUUGCAGUGUUUUAGAUAAAAGGAAGGGACUAAGAUAAGUACAGAGGCAGUAAACUGAGAUAAGAGCAAGAGAGAGAAGGUAAUUGGAGGCAGUGCACUUUGUGGUCAGUGGGCCAAAUGUGUUAGGCUAACAGAGUUGUACUGGGGAUGUGUUUGGCCCUGGUAGUAUAUCCCCAAGGACAGGAAUAUCAGUUCUGACUUUGGCAUGAUUGUUGAUAAUUUAGUAAAACCAUCUGCACAGUGUUUGGUAGCUGUUAAAAGAGCAGGCAAUAUAUUGGAAUAUGCAGAGAGAGUUUUGGGCUGUAAAUGUAGUGUCUCUAUCAUCCCACUAUACUAAAAAAAACCCCAAGAACAACCACAAACACAAAAGAAAAAAUACCUUACAGGAUAAUGGAGC